GGAGGCUGUGCCGUGUGAGAGUGGGAGAUUUUGUUUAUGACAGAUCAGACAUUUGUGAGAUAGAGAUUGUUGUGCAGAGAUGACUAUGGUAUGCCUGACAGAUUUUGAGGAGUAUGCUAAGGAGCAUCUAUCAAAGGCAACCUGGGAUUAUUAUGCAUCUGGAGCUGAUGAAUGCUGCACCAGAGAUGACAAUCUACUGGCUUACAAAAGGAUCCGUCUGAGGCCUCGUAUCCUGAGGGACGUGUCAGCGAGCAACACUCGGACCACAGUGCAAGGGACAGAAAUCAGUUUUCCAGUUGGUAUUGCACCUACUGCGUUUCACUGCCUGGCCUGGCACGAAGGGGAGGUGGCUACAGCUCGUGCCACUGAGGCACUCAACACCUGCUACAUCACCAGCACCUACUCCACUUGCUCAGUGGAGGAGAUCGCAGCAGCAGCGCCAAAUGGUUAUCGCUGGUUUCAGCUUUAUGUGUACCGGGACCGGAAACUGUCAGAGCAGAUUGUGCACCGUGUAGAGGUGCUGGGCUAUAAGGCCCUGGUCCUCACUGUUGAUGUCCCCUACACUGGAAAACGUCGUAAUGACAUCCGCAACCAGUUUAAGCUGCCACCACACCUCAAAGUCAAGAAUUUUGAUGGCAUAUUCCAGCAGGAGACUGCAGUCCCAGAUGAGUAUGGGGUCCCAGCCAACACCUUAGACCCCUCCAUCAGCUGGAAGGAUGUCCACUGGCUGCAGUCCAUCACCCACCUGCCCAUCAUCAUCAAGGGCAUUCUGACCAAAGAGGAUGCCAAGCUGGCGGUGGAGCAUGGCGUCCAGGGCAUCAUUGUGUCAAACCAUGGUGGGAGACAGCUGGACGGAGGCCUAGCCUCGAUUGAUGCCCUGCCAGAGAUCGUGGACACAGUGCAGGGCAGGAUUGAGGUCUAUGUGGACGGAGGAAUCAGGACAGGAAGUGAUGUAUUGAAAGCACUUGCCCUGGGAGCCAAGUGUGUUUUUAUUGGCCGUCCUGCAGUGUGGGGCCUUGCAUACAAGGGUGAGGAAGGAGUGAGGGAAGUCCUGCAAAUCUUAAGUGAUGAGUUCCGUCUGUCCAUGGCUUUAUCAGGCUGCAGGAAUGUGGCUGAAAUCAACAGGAACCUCAUUCAACUCUCCAAACUCUAACCUGCCAGCAGAGGGCAGCACUGAGGCGAACAUGGCACCUGGUGAACAGGACCGGGUGCUAAAGCCAAACAAAAGUGAUGACAAGAGAGCCACAGACUGAACCAUCUCAAACUGAGAGAUGUUCACAUCAGAACACAAGACAUGCAAGCAGCUCCCACAAUUUGGAAAUGACGUGUGUCUGACAUCCCACUUGUUUUCAUGCCCGAGUGUACAAGAGAAAGAGAGUCUUGGGAAAGCUGAGGGGUGUUGGCAGAGUUACAGUAUCAAGUGAAUAAUCAAAAUAUUUUUGCUUUUGGAUUGGAAAGGAUGGUGGUACUUAUGAAACCAACAAACCUUUUUUAAUUUUAUUGUAUUGACUGUGACAGAUAAUGACAUACAUGACAGCGUGAACUGCUGCCAGUGUUUGUGGUUGAAUAAACACCUGCUGAGGUGAUGAAGAC